UUUUUUUUUGUGGUAUCUUUUAUGCUCGAAGGGACUAUUGACAUAUAUGAUGACGAUCUUAUUAUUCUCUAUGCCUUCCGGCCAAUCGGCUUUUAUCAAAAGUAACGAAGUCUUUGUCCUCUAACACAUAACACCGUAACACCAUAAGAUUCAUCGCCUUGAAUCCACAUAAAUCGAACCAACUUUCUCAAUUGUAGAAUGAUAAUAACUUGCAUAUCUACCAGAAACGAUGGCGUUCAACGUCGAGAUAACAGCAACCCACAUCAUUAAACCUUCAUCCUCCACUCAGGACCACCUGAAAACCCACGAUUUAUCACUUUUUGACCAGUUAUCGCCUUCCGUUUAUCCUCCGAUAAUCUUCUUCUAUGACCCAAAGCCAAACUCGAACUUAGCCCCUCGACUCAAGACCUCUUUAUCUAGAGUCUUGUCGUCGUUUUAUCCAUAUGCUGGACGUGUAAAUGGAGAUGUUUUUGUGGAUUGCAAUGACGCCGGAAUACCAUAUUCUGAAGCCACUGUUGAUUGUUCCCUAUCUGAUGUACUUCAACAGUACGAUUUGAACUUGAUGAAACAGUUUGUUCCUUUAACUGAGGAAUCCGAGAAUCCUGAUCAUACCAUUCCGUUGCUGGUCCAGGUGAGCUACUUCAAAUGUGGUGGAAUUGCGAUUGGUGCAUGUUCUUCGCAUAAGAUCGGCGAUGCAUCUAAUUUCUUUUCUUUUAUUCGCGAAUGGGCAAACUUUUCAUUGAGCGAUAACCCAGUUUUGGUUCCCGAGUUCAGUAUCUCAUCUCUAUUCCCACGGAUAGGUUUCUUGAACUUUAACACCGGAAUCAAGAUUCCAAUGAACGAAAAGCUCGUUAGAAAGAGGUUUGUGUUCAGUGCUUCAAGCAUAUCAUCACUCAAGGCGCAAACAUCAUCUUCUUCACGUGUUCAAGCUGUUACAGCCCUCACCUGGAAAUGUGCUAUGAACGCAGUUAAGAAACCUGAGAUUACAUCAUCAGUGGCAAUGACGCUUGUGAACAUGCGAGGACGCCUCAACCCACCAUUGCCGGAGACCUCUUUUGGCAAUUUUGUUGGGUCGUUUUUGGCGGAGAAAAGCUUUGAUGACGGCGGUGAGAUUGAGUUACGGGGCUUGGCGGGUCAACUGAGACAUGGGUUUAAAGAAUUCUGUGAUGUUUACAUGAAACAAGUUCAAGAUUCCAAAGAUGGGAUAUUUGCAAUCUUGAAUUACUCUAAAAAGAUUGGGGAAAUGUUGGGAAGAGAUGGAACUGAAGUGUUUACGUUUAGUAGUUGGUGUGGAUUCCCACUGUAUGAGAUUGAUUUUGGGUGCGGAAAGCCAAGGUGGAUUAGCGUAACAAAUACACCAUUCAAGAAUGGAAUCAUGAUGAUGGACACUAAAGAAGGGAAUGGAAUUGAAGUAUGGGCCAAUUUGGAAGAAGAAGUGAUGGCCAUCUUUGAACAAGACGAUGAGUUGUUGGCUUAUUGUUCUCCAAGCAUGUGUGACGAUAGAAGGUAAAUCCUAUAUGAUAUAACUUUAAAUUUACUUCAAUUACUUAAUAUCAAAUGUCAAGUUUGUUGUAAAUUGUAACGCAUGAUUGAAAAAGAUGACUACAUUAUCCACUUUUUGUUGAUGAA